AUAGCUUCGUUCGUGCGAUUCGUUUUCAAAGAUCCUUCUUCAUGCUUCAUCAGUAGGUGGUUUAAGAACUUCUGAAUAUUUUUAUUUUUGCAUUGUAUCGGAUAUUUCUUACGUACAGUUAUAUACUAAACAGGUUCCUGGGAUUUGGAUCAUCGAGUUUAAGUUAAAUACGCAAUCAUGAGAAUACGCACGUUUUGUAAAUAUUUGGACGUCGAGGAGGUUAAAAACCACACAUUGAGAGACUGCACGGUUGUCGUCGAUGGGCAGAACUUCUUUUAUAACCUUUACGAGAAGAGUCGUUUACCCUCAGUUUAUGGAUGUGAAGGCGACAAAUAUGCUGAAUAUUUGAGAAAAUUCCUUGAAAUGUUCAAGAAAAAUAAUAUCAGAUGUGUCUUCUUAUUCAAAGGGGGUCAUACAGAUAUAAACUUUAAGUUUAAAAGACUGAGUGAAAGAGACUGGAAGACAGACUGGUCAGACAAUCAUUACUUCGCAUCACCGGUAUUUACGAAAGAAAUUUAUAAACAAAUAUUAAAUGAAAUGAACUUUGAGUAUGCUAUAUGCGAGUAUGAAUCAAAGGCCGAAAUAAUAGCGUUUGCUAAGAAAUUUAAAUGUAAAGUUAUUAGUUAUGACAUAGAAUUUUGUUUCUCAGGUGUACCGUAUAUACCAUAUACAACUAUUUCGGAAGAAAAUGAUGGAGUGAAGUGUGGUUUAUUCCAUUUACAUGAUUUUUAUAAAAAAUAUAAUUUAAACGAUGAAAAACUUGCAAUAUUUAUUGCUCUAACCGACGAAAAUAUCUUCGAAGAAAACUUUUUUCAGGCUCUUUUUGAUAGGUUAAAUAUGCCAAAAUAUCCAUACAAACGUAAUAUCUGCUUGUUAAAAUGGCUGGGAAGGUUAUCUAAACAACGUGCUUUAGAUGUAAUUUAUAAUUAUGUCGCAAGCAAAAAUUUCGAUGAAAAAGUACUAGUCGCAAAAAAAUUCAUUCAUAGAAAUGAAUCAACAGGUUUACCAACAAAAUACAUUGAUAACAAAAAAAAUAUGGAAUUUGCUGAACUCGAUCCUGAAUGGUUUGAAAAGGGGGUCACUUUAGGCCAUAUAUCGAUAAACUAUGUAAACUUAUAUCGCAAUAAAAUAUACUUCGGAGCAUGGACGAUUGAAGAUGAGAAUGCGGAUGACAGUUUACUUUUUUCUCUUGAUAUAAUAACAUAUGCUUAUAAUUUAUUAACUAAUUAUGAGGGGAAAGAAUUUGUUUUUCAUGACAAAAAUAAUAAGAAGCAUGUUAUUUCACAUACGAGAGCAGGACGUGGAAUUUUUAGAAAACCAGACUAUGUUGCCGUUACCAGUCCAUUUGAAAACGGUUGGGAUCAAGUAAAGAACUUUCGCUUGUUUGAACACUUUUUAGAUGAGAGUUUGCAAGGCUUUAACCAUUCGGCUAUGCGAGACUGUCCGGAAGAUGUCAAGCUUCUGAUUGUCGCUUUAGUAUAUUUUUCCCGAAAGAAAGCAAUUGAUACGACUAAUAUAGUAUGUGGUAUGUUACUGUCAUAUGUGAUGUUAGGUGUUGUUUUAAACAAAUUGCCCGAUUAUGAUAACCAGGACAUUGAAAUUAUCAAGAAACCUUAUCUUGAUGCAAGUACGCAAAAAGAUUCCGUUAAUGAAAAAGAUUGUGUCAUAGCAAAUAAAAUAUUACAAAAAUACUUUGGCAUGACAAAAUCUGAAAGUUAUGAAAUAUUUGACCGUAAAAUAAUUCAUCCUUAUGUAGAGUUUCAACAUUGUCUUGUACAGAUUAAUAAUUUAAAUAUUUUAUGUGGGUCUUCCUACAAGCCAACUGACUACAGUAAAACGUUUAAUGGAACUUUUGUGUAUAAAGUCUUGUUGGCAGCUGAGUUAGAUAAGGGAGAAGCUCCAGAAUUUAUCAAAAAAAUAUUAAAUCCAGCUGCCACAGUUCUGUCAUUUUUUAACGGAUUAUUUGAAGUGUAUCAAGAUAUCAUGUUUCACUGAAAUCGAAUGAUUCUGUUUUGUUUAAUUAUAUUUCUUAUUAAUCACACAUUAGAAGUAUUAUGUUUCUAUUAAUUCUAAAGAACUAAUUGAGUUCUACGUGGUAAGUGAGGCUUUGUUGUGAAUUGGGGUAGGUUGAUAUGCUGUUGGCCGUACAAGUAUAAGCUAUUUUUUGUUCUUAAUAAAUACUAUUAAAAUUUUAA